CCGAAAAUACACGGACCGGAAUUUCGCGGCCGCGGAGUUCCGCCUGCGUAUAACAGAUGUAUAACAAUCAAACUGUCACUUUUCCGCGCCGGCUAUCCCGGUUGCUGUUUCGCAAAGAUACCCACAUGCAGUAUUUCUGCGGUUUCGCGGCAGGAAAAUUCCGUUGUCAUUGCGUUAUUGUGUACCGUUUGAAAAGGUAAACAUUGUGCACUUCGAAUUCUGUUGCCUUAAAUUUGAGCACAUCAAGACGGAAAAUGGGUAAAUAUUGCAUUUCAAAAUAUAAUUACAGGAUAAAGAAUUUUGUGUUUAAUUUCUAGAUAUCAAACCAGCAAUGAAAAAACGAAAGAAGGUAUGUCAAAGGAUGAUAUUAUGAUGGGGGUUUCGAGAGCCGAAAAAGGGUCCGGGUUUCAGUGACCGCCAGUAUUGGUCGACGUCGCAGUGUUCAGGCAGGAACGUAGAAGUGAAUCCUGAUAAAUGCGCAGUGUCUUAUAACACACAGGAACGAAGCGCGCGCGCCAUGUUUAUGACCAUACAAAGUAGUCAACUGCAUCCAGCAACUAGUCAACUGCAUCUAGCAACUAGCAACUAGUAGGAAGACGUAUAAUUGGUUUGCGCGGAAGUUAUUGACUUAGUGCGUUACGUUUGCACCAGGAGAAAAACUUAGCCAGGAUGGCUUUUAGUCGAAGAUGGCUCUUUCUAGCUGACAGAUUUGAAAAAAUUGCUGUGGCAGCUCGUUUCGCUUUUUUAGAGGCAAGCAAUGUGCGGUCACCCCACGGAGGUUCGCGAUGGGGCUGUUUAAUAGGAGCAGAUUUCUGCAACGCGGGUCUCAUGAAAUCUGUGAAAAUGUUCGUAGCAUGGUCGAAUGUAUAGUUUGACGAUUGAAAUGAUUGAUCAAAGGAGAAAAUUAGUCUCUAGACUUCAGUAAGGUCAGUGCGUGAGUAAUUGAACCUUAUUUUCGCAGCAGUGGUAUUGGCAGUAGCUGGAGCUCGCUGGCACGUAUAGGUCAAGAAGUUGUUGUCAGUUACUGUAAUUGUUAAGCUGGCAAAGCGCAUUCUGGUGCAGUCCAUAAACGAAUUGUAUACUAAUGAUUUAUGUUGUGCUAGCAAUUUGCUGCCAAUGAACGGCAAGAGCUGGAUUUGUUUAACCAGGUCUCAGCGAAACAGAACAAUGACUCUCCCGAAAAAAAAACCCUUUAUCGAAACGGCUCUGUCGGUGCGUAUGAUCCGACAAAUAUUCUCACAAAAAUGUUCUCUUUCCAGACGAUCUACAUGAGUGAUGAGGUUGUGCUUGCGUUUAUCGAUUGUGUUUUUCGGCAUGAGGCGGUCUGGAACCGGCAACAUCCAGAGUACAAAAAUAUUCAUCAUAGAAAUGAUGAGUGGAACGACAUCGCAGCAGAAAUGGACCAACCAAUCGAUGAACUUAAAGAGAAGUGGGCAUCGCUCCAAUCCAUUUACCGGAAGUACCGCUCAAAAUUGAACCGGAGCAUGGUAACUGGAUCUGGAGCUGAUGAAAUUGAUCACCCACGGUGGUUCGCUUUUGCUGCGAUGUCGUUCUUAGACGCAACGACUGAUUGUGGAAAUACCGUUAACACCGUAAGUUAAAAUUAUGAACAAGGAAAAAAGGUUUUUGGAUAUGGUUUGAGUUAUAAUUUUAUUUUACAUAUUAAAAAACAUGUUAAAAGGCAAUCACUCUUUUAUAGCCAAUUAGUAGUAUCUCUUUAUUCAAAUUCAAUUGUAUGAUUAUUAAAAAUUUCAUUAUAAA